AUGGACCAAUAUAUUCGAGCAUUUCAAUCUGGUGCUAAAACAUUACCAGAAUCUUUCGACUUAAGUGGCAUCUAUGGUCGUAUUACUAAAGGUAAAAAAGACUCGGAUUUUGAUUGUCUGUCAGAAGACUCAAAUAAACGUCUUUCCUGGCUUGUGGAUCAUGAUACUCUACGGGGUUUUCUUGGUAAAUCUCAUUUGGAAUUAUUGAUUAGUUCGGGACACUCAAUUGAAUAUGUUCGUCAUCAGCUUAAUAGUGGUAAAAAAUUUAAAUUGAUAGUUUUUUCAUUUGGUUCAUCAGAAAAAAAUAAUGAUGAAGUAAAGUUAGCUACAUGGGACAAUAUUUUUGAAUUAAUGUUGCGAGCAUAUCCCGAAAUUGAUCCAACAAUUUGGGAAUCUUAUAAAAAUGAUCUUAAAAGUUUAACAUACGAAGAAAUCGAUCCAACUGGAAACAAUCUUAAAAAUUACUAUCUAGGAAAAGGCUCGGAAAAUUUCAUGAGUAACGAACGAUUUUUUGCGUUGAAACGACGACCAACAUUAAGUGAAGUUCGAGCCUUUUUACAUCAUCAAGUUGGUCUUAAUGAAUUAUUCAAAGGAGAUGGGCGAACAGUGCAACAUGAUGGAGUAGUAACAGACAACGAAUAUUUAACAAAAAAUCGGCAAUUAAAUGAAUUACCUCAAUGUGUCCUACUUGAUCUUAAUCCCAUUGUUCCAAAUUCAUGA